AUGGCCGCCAAAGCAGCAAAGAACAAGGCCCCGGUCUACGUCCUCGGUGUGGGGAUGACCAAGUUCAUCAAGCCCCGAGGCAAGGUCGACUAUACCGAACUGGGCUUCGAAGCCGGAAUCAAGGCCAUGCUCGAUGCCAAAGUGAACUACGAUGAUAUGGACGCCGGUGUGGCAUGCUACUGCUACGGAGACAGCACGAGCGGCCAGCGAGUCUUCUACCAAUUCGGCAUGACGCAAAUCCCCAUCUACAACGUCAACAACAACUGCUCCACGGGUUCUACAGGCCUGCACCUGGCCCGGACGAUGUGUGCCGGCGGCAUGGCCGACGCCGUGCUCGUGGUAGGCUUCGAAAAGAUGAACCCGGGUUCCCUGCAGAGCUAUUUCCUCGACCGGGCCAAUCCCACCGGCACCACGGGGCAGAUGAUGGUACAGACGCGCGGACGAACGAAUGCACCCGAAGCCGCGCAGCUGUUUGGCAAUGCCGGACGGGAAUACAUGGAGAAGUACGGAGCGAAGAAUGAGGAUUUCGCGGAGAUUGCGCGGGUGAACCACGAGCAUUCCAAGCGGAAUCCUUAUUCGCAGUUCAAGGAUGAUUAUACUCUGGAGCAGGUGAUGAGCUCGACGAUGAUCCAUGAGCCUCUUACCAAGUUGCAGUGCUGUCCUACUUCGGACGGAGGUGCGGCUGCUGUGGUUGUCAGCCAGGCUUUCUUGGACGCGAGGCCGGAAUUGAAAGAGCAUGCUAUUCUUAUUGCUGGGCAGACUCUCGCCACGGACGCUCCUGGUUUGUUUUCGAGGUCUUCGAUCGAUCUGAUGGGUUACCAUAUGUCUGCGUACGCGGCCAAGACUGCUAUGGAGGAGGCUGGUGUUACGCCUGAUGAUGUGAAAGUCUGCGAGUUGCACGACUGCUUUUCUGCAAAUCAGAUGAUUACGAUCGAUGCGAUGAAGCUCAGCGAGCCUGGGAAGGCGCACGAGAUGGUCAGGAAGGGAGACAUCACUUACGGAGGCAAGAUGGUCAUCAAUCCAUCUGGUGGUCUCAUCUCCAAGGGGCAUCCGCUCGGUGCUACUGGUAUCGCUCAGUGCGCAGAGCUUGUCUGGCACUUGCGAGGCUGGGCUAACAACCGCUUGGUCCCUGGCACCACGGUGGCUCUGCAGCACAACCUGGGUCUCGGGGGCGCUGUGGUUGUGACGGUCUACAAGCGUGCCGACGGCAAGGCACCGAAGAGCGUCAGUAACGAAGAAGUCGCCAAGAAGAGCGGGUUUGGCUACAACCCUGCUGUUGAGGCGAAGGGCUUCACCAGGAGCCAGGUGGAUGCUGUCAGGAGUAAGAAGAUGAGGAGUGACUGGGCCAUUCAAGAUAUCGAGAAGAAGGUCGAGAGCAGAUUCUAG